AUGGUCCUUGAAUAUCACAGCUUCAUGCAUUCUGUUGUUCAGUUCCUCGUUGGAAAGGACCGAAAGCGGUUCUUAAUUCAUACGGAGUUAUCUAGCUCCAUUCCAAGCGAGAUUCUUCGACCUCCUAUAGUCGAGGAAAUUGACGAGGUAGUCUUUGGCCGUUUCUGCGAGUUUGUAUACUCUGGUGAUUACUCCGUCCCCUCUCCGAUCUACGACGGUCUCGGCAACCAAGCACCGACGGAGCCUGUGAGACAAUGGGAUCCUGCCAGGCUUACCUGGAACUUUUUUCACCCAGAAAACUUGCCCAUUGUUUGCGCUGACUUACGCGAGCGAUUGGGUCAGGUGAAUCCCAAAUACCGAGCCAACGACGAAUCGACCACCAACCCUAAAGACAGUUAUGCAGACAUAUUUCUUUGCCAUGCUGAAAUGUAUCGUUUCGCUUCCAGAACCGGGUGGACUGCGCUAUACCAUCUAACUCUCUACCACCUUCUGCAGCUGCUAGCAAACUUCGCCCUUUGCGAGGAGCGAACUCGGGAUAUUGUAACUCUAUUCAAAUUUGUAUUUGAGGAGAUUGAUUCUGAGUUCGAAGGCAUAGGAGACAUCAAUGGAUUUGAAGGUAGAGGAAACAUCAAAAACUUGUUGGGAGACUACGCACUAUGGAAUUUGGAAAUCUUGAUGCGGGACGCGGAUUUUCAGCUUGUGCUGGACAAAAUGCCGUCUUUGAAAAAGGGCUUUUUCCGCUGGAUGUGGAAAUAA